AGAAUGAAGAUUUCCAUUAUAAAGAUUCAAAAGCACAUAGAGCUGAUUUGAUGCAAAUAGAUGUCCACAAUUCUAGAGCAAAAACUACAAAAUGAUUUGUGCACACACACAAGUGGAGUUAUAUUGAGCCAAUUCCAUAUCUUAACACGAAGGUUCCUGACAAGAAAAUGAAAAUGAAAACGAAAACGAACCCCAUUGGGGUUUUAAAUCUAACGAGGCCGUAUUCAAUUAUACAAGAGUAUCCAUUAACUUUAUUGACUAACCAGGCCCAUGUAAAUUGCAUAUCUCACGAACAUCCACACCAUUGAACCGGACCGAAGUAAAGUCGGAGAUGAUUAAAUGAGCGAACGAAUCUCAUGAAUUUCUUGAAUCUUGGUUUUAAAUCAACCAACGACACUCGGCUUUUGAUUUCCGGUUAAGGAACCAAACCGGCACCGGGGGUAAUUUCGUUAUUUCCAUCAAAACCCUAGUUACUGGAGACACUUUAUAAUUGAGAAACCCUAAAAAAAAGCUGAGAAAGUGAGUGAGUGACAGAGAGAGAUAGAAAGAUUAAGACAAAAUGCCGCCGAAGUUGGACCCAUCUCAGAUCGUCGACGUCUACGUCCGCGUCACCGGAGGCGAGGUCGGAGCAGCGAGUUCACUCGCCCCUAAGAUCGGUCCACUCGGUCUCGCGCCCAAGAAGAUCGGAGAAGACAUCGCCAAGGAGACGGCGAAAGAGUGGAAAGGCCUGAGAGUCACCGUCAAGCUCACCGUCCAGAAUCGUCAAGCCAAGGUCACCGUCGUUCCCUCCGCCGCGGCUCUGGUCAUCAAGGCCUUGAAGGAGCCCGAGAGAGACCGCAAGAAGGUGAAGAACAUCAAACACAACGGGAACAUCUCGUUUGAUGACGUCAUCGAGAUCGCUAAGAUCAUGCGACCGAGGUCUAUCGCCAAGGAGUUGAGCGGGACGGUGAGGGAGAUCUUGGGGACUUGCGUCUCCGUGGGGUGCACGGUCGAUGGGAGAGACCCGAAGGAUCUUCAGGAGGAGAUUGUCAGUGGAGACAUUGAGGUUCCUAACGAGUGAAAGGUUUCGUUUUGUUGUUGAGUUCUCUUAAUGUUUUGUCUUUUCGAGAAUUUGUUUUUUUUUGGUAUAUUAUGUUUUCGGUAUUGUUAUUUUGGAGACGAUAGUUUUGGAUUUGCACAUUUGAACCAUUAGAAUGUUUCAUUUCUAUAAUCUAUCCACUUGGUAUUGAAGUGUCUAAA